ACAGUUACAUUUGGCAGGCAGGCACGUUGGAGCGCUCAGACCCGGAAUUAGCGGAUUUAUUUGGAAUAUCCCUGCUUUCCUGGAGACGUGCUGCUGCCGCUGGCUUGUGCGAAGGGAGAAAUUAAUAACUGCACUUUAGCAUGCAGGCACAGAAACCCGAGAGGCUAAGUAACCAGCGUCUCCUCCAGCAUCGGCAGCCUCAGAAAGCAUGACAAGAAGAUCUGGAGAAUCCUGCCUGUUCGCAGGGACUGGCUAAUGGUUUUUACCUCGCCCUUUCAAUCCGUGCGUGAAGUGGCUGUCAGCAAGCAGUUUCCUUGGUCCUUGAAGGAGAAUCUUUAAGGACUGGAAAACUCAGUGGAUCAUGUUUUUAAAAUCUAAGCGAUUUUUACGUUGACUGUGCUGUAAACACAUGGAGGAGCUGUAAGUAAAUGUUCUCUAUUGCAUGAUGAAUUGGAUUGCUACGGUCUGGAGGAAAGUAAAAUAAUAAUUUCAUUUCUGUGGUGAUUUGCAUAGCUUGUGGUACAAUGCCAGAAAGACUAACGGAAAUGCUUAUGGAUACAUGGACUCCAUUAAUAAUAUUAUGGAUUACUGUCCUUCCUUCCAUUUAUAUGGCUCCGAUGAAUCAAUCUCAAGUACUACCAAGUGGAUCCAGUACAGGACUAAAAAGGCUAAUGGAAGAACAAAGAGUUUUGAACCGUUCCAAGAGAGGCUGGGUUUGGAAUCAAAUGUUUGUAUUAGAAGAAUUUUCUGGACCUGAACCAAUACUAGUUGGACGGUUACACACAGACCUGGAUCCUGGCAGCAGCAAAAUCAAGUACAUUCUGUCAGGAGAUGGAGCUGGAACAAUCUUCGUGAUCAAUGACAAGACUGGAGACAUUCAUGCAAUGAAAAGGCUUGACCGCGAGGAAAAAGCUGAAUACACUCUAACGGCUCAAGCAGUCGACAGGGACACAAACAAACCUCUGGAGCCUCCUUCAGAAUUCAUUAUUAAGGUUCAAGACAUCAAUGACAAUGCCCCAGAGUUUGUUGAUGGUCCAUAUCAUGCCACGGUUCCAGAAAUGUCUGUUGUAGGCACCUUUGUUACUAAAGUCACAGCUACAGAUGCAGAUGAUCCAGUUUAUGGAAAUAGUGCCAAACUGGUUUAUAGCAUUCUGGAAGGACAGCCUUACUUUUCUAUUGAGCCACAUACAGCUAUAAUUAAAACAGCUCUUCCCAACAUGGACAGAGAAGCCAAAGAAGAAUACUUUGUGGUAAUCCAAGCGAAAGACAUGGGAGGACAUAUGGGUGGACUCUCUGGAACUACAACAGUGACAAUUACACUCACUGAUGUUAACGACAAUCCUCCAAAGUUUGCACAGAGUCUGUAUCACUUCUCAGUAAUGGAAGAUGUUGCUCUUGGUGAACCAAUAGGAAGGGUGAAAGCAAAUGACCUGGAUAUUGGAGAAAAUGCUAAAUCAUCCUAUGAGAUUAUUGAAGGAGAUGGAAUGGAUAUAUUUGAAAUUACUACAGAUGCCCAAACUCAGGACGGCAUUAUUAGAGUGAGAAAGCCACUGGACUUUGAGACCAAAAAAUCCUAUACUCUGAAGGUAGAAGCAGCCAACGUUCAUAUUGAUCCUCGCUUCAUCAGUGGAGGACCAUUCAAGGAUACAGCAACCGUAAAAAUUGUAGUAGAGGAUGCUGAUGAACCACCAGUCUUUUCACCACCUACUUACCUACUGGAGGUGCAUGAAAACGCUGCUAUUAACUCUGUGAUCGGGCAGGUGACUGCCCAUGACCCUGACGUGUCUUCCAGCCCUAUAAGGUUUUCCAUUGAUCGGCACACUGACCUUGAGAGACAGUUCAACAUUAACGCAGAAGAUGGGAAAAUAACUUUGGCAACACCACUGGACAGAGAAACAAAUAUGUGGCACAACAUAACUAUUGUAGCUACUGAAACUA